AUGGCGAAAGGUAGUAACCCAGCUGAUGCGUUUCGCAAAGCACAAAGAGCCAAAGAGCUGAAGAAGAAUAAAGAAGACCGAAAGAAGGUUCGUGAAGUACAAACAGUAAAAAAGGAUACAAGGGAAUUAGAAGCUGAUAUAAGGUAUCUGAAAACACAAACCGACGCAACAUCUAAAACGAAAUUAACAGAGUUAGAAUCUGAAUUAUCCUAUAUCAAUAGAACGAAAGAAGCUUAUGUAGCUGAACAUCCCGAAUCGAGAGACAAAGUAUUCCACAUUCGGAAACCGAAAGAAGGGGGUGAAGGAUCAUCUUCAUCACAUAACGAUUUUUCGAAAUAUGAUGAAAAUGGACGAUUAAGGGAUCCGAAGAGAAGCGUUUAUUAUGAUCCGGUUUAUAACCCUUUUGGCGUACCUCCUCCUGGAAUGCCAUAUAUGGAGAAACCUGCAGAAGAAGAAAGUGAAGAAGACUCAAGUGAGGAUGACGAAUCAGAUGAUGAAAUAAUAAUGCCUGAAGGACCACCACCCAAUCCAAAUUCGGAAUCAGAUGAAGAGUCAGAUGAUUCAGAUGAUAUACCUUUACCUGAAGGUCCACCGCCACCUAAACCUAUCACAUCAACACCUUUACCACCUUCUGGACCUAUACCGCCUCCCAUGAGAAUGGGCUUUGGCGCACCUCCGAUGCCACCGAUGGGAUCCAGACCGCCUCCUAGACCCGUUCCAUUACAUGCCCAUAUGCAUGGACAAGGAUACGGAGGUGCGGGACCAAGUAAUUUCCGUCCACCUCCACCUAGACCUCAUAUGGGACAUAACCGACCUCCGCCAACAAUACAAGAUCCAUUAUCUGAUGCUCCUACUCAAACGUAUCAAGGACACAGAAUAGCUCAACAUGCUUUACCUGCUCGACCACCUCCUUCAGCUUCGUCCAAUACGCCAUCAACGUCAAACGAGACCAUUGCUUCAGCCAACGCUUCGACCGAUAUGGCAGCUUCAGGUGGUACAGGGGAGAUAUCAGCUGCACCUGUCCUUCGUGAUCUACGAAAAGAAGCAACAAUUUUCGUUCCUAGAGGAGUUAAGAAACGUAAAGGUCCAGGAGGUGGAGUAAUGGUCAAUUCAGCUCCUGGAGCAGGAGAAAUUGAUGAUGAAGGCGAUGAGAGGAAAAGACUUACUCCCGGAAACGGUGGUUUGAUGGGUAAAUUACAAGGUGUCUUAGGUGAUGUACCCAAGUCAAAUUCCACAAAGGAGAUCAUCUCGACGCCAGUAACGGCGGAUGAUGACUAUCAGAAAUUCUUGGAAGGUUUAGGGGAUUUAUCAUAG